AUAAAUGAAGAAGGGGCACUUCUCCCAAGGCUUGUCUCUUUGCCACAUGACUUGCAGGAGCUAUUGUUGGGUCACAGUGAAGAUCCCUCCAGCCUCAUCAACAGACCCCACGUUAUACAUCUGAAAGUUAUAGUUCCAGGGGAAGGGUUCGUGACUGAACGUCUCACACUUUGGUCUAAAGUGUUUAUGCCGCUGCGUCUACUUUGUGCUGACAGAGGUUACGUACUUGACAUUCAAGAUGACCUUUGGUUGAGCCGCAACCUGGAGAGAGCCUACACCCACCUGCUGACUCAACAGACUAGCACAGACAGCCUGGCCACAUCCGCUGUCUGCGAGGAAGAUGCUGCAGAAACGCCUGUGGAUGUCCUGCUGGUUGCGGUGUGUGACUCGUGUAACUACUACCGCCUGCCACCUGUACUGUCCUAUGAGGACUACAAGCUUGUGGUUGUCUCCUUGCCCGACCCUGUGACCACCGCCCUGUUCCAUGACCUGUAUGCCAACAACGAGAACCGGGUCCCGCCAGCCUACGAGCUAUCUUACCCAGUGCUGUCUCGACAGGAUGAGACCAGGUUGAACCGGCUUGUCGACUUCAUGAUGGCUGUGUUUGGGAGUGAGGAUAAGGAUACCCACGUUUUUAACUCUGAUUAUUAUAACCAGCUUCUGUGGGUGAGACAAAAUCCACACCUUCUAUCUGAGAAUACUGUUUUUGUAUCCAGAACUCAUGGAACCCACCAGAAGUCAACAAAUGAAACAGAGGAAAGUCUAAAUUUCUUCAACCAAGACAAAAUAACAGACAGUCACAUUUCCGAACUUUUAAACUAUUUUGAGACGGAAUGUCAACCCGAUAAUAUUUUUCAGGUUUCAACAUCUGAAGAUGAAGAUAGAGACGAGCAAUCACAAAUAAACCGUACAAGCCUUGAAGACGUGGCUUCUGGCGUCACAACACAGCUAGAACGGUUGUUACUGGGAGACAUUGACAGGAAAGAACAAUGCACAAAAGAGACUGCCACUGGCGUGCCACGAUCAUUGGUAGAAGAACUUGUCUCACAGAACAGACACUAUCACAGACUGAUCAAUGUGGACCCACUUCUGCAGUCACCUACAUUGAUGCCUAUCGUGGUGUACGCUGAGCCCGGCUGGGGCCUAAGUACCAUGAGUGCCCAGCUGGUCCAUUCAUGUCUGGCAACUAUGAGUUCAUCGAUCAUAAUUUACAGGUUCAUGGGUAUUAGCCCAGAUUCUCGGAGCUUGCUGUGCACGCUGCUGUCCAUCAAACAACAGCUGGAUACCGUUCUGGGACCUAGCAAAGGAACAUGGUGUCGGGGACAAGACGAUAAAGAACAGGUUCCCGCUAGUGAAGCUCUUCUCAUUGACAUGGUUUCGCGGAGUACCGAUGAGCUGCCUCUGUUGAUCAUCCUGGAGGGACUGUUCCUUACCUCAGCCCAGCUGAGAGAGCUGAAUGUCUUGACCAUGACAGAGCUGCUUCCAGCUUCCACAAAACUGUUGGUGAUGACUAGUGACCCGGAUGUGGCUAAAGGGCUUAGGUCGAAGGUCAGUGGAAACUGA